AUGAAAUUAAAUAGCACUUUCUUUUCGGUCAUUUUGGCUUCCUUAAUCGGUGUGGUUUAUGCAGAUACAACCUAUCAGAUAGUAGCGUACUGCAGAGACUCAGAAUCAUUUGGAUUCGAUAGUGAUAGCGCUUGGGAAAACGAUGAUGUUGCUAUCACUAGUCAGGAUAAAAAAACAGUGUAUUGCAACUCCAACGAUAUUGUUGGCGGUGGUGGUGAGUUUGUGGUUCCAUGUGGUAAUGCAGAUAAUCAGUAUUAUCAAUUUACUUACAAUUCUUGUAAAAAUUUGAAUUCACCUAAUCAGAUAAUGGUAUGGGCAACGGGAGCAGGAGGAAUGAGCUGUGGGGUGAAGCAACUUAAAGUGAGUAUAAAUGGAGUAGAAAAUGAAUGCAAUGGUAACGGUAAGACUGGCACUGAUAUUAUUCCUAUUGGAACUUCUGUGCUGGGCGGUUUGACUUGUCAAUUCACGGGACCUGAUGACUUAUUUUCUGGUAGUAAGAGCUAA